CAAUAUUUAUCACUCUAACUCAUGCACUUUGACCAAAUGGUAUUUUACCAUUCGUUUAUGAAUUUGAUCAUCAAUAACAAAGCAAAGAUACUCAGAAUUCGUUAAAUAUAUGGAUGCGAAAACAAAAAUUCCUAUAAUAGAAAUUUCCAUCUUUUGGCCGAUUGAUACAAGCAAAGGGGGCUGACUAACACGAUUCAUAAAAAAAUUGAGUUUUUAUUUAAAAGUUGGUAUUUGCUUUCUUUUAAAGAGAGAUAUUGUUUUUUAUGGUAAAAUUAAUUCCGAACUAACUUAAACUAUAGCAAAAAUUUGAAAAAUAUUAAUGCCAUGGUCGUGUGCAAAUAUUUCCUGAAAGGCACAUGCAAAUUUGGAUCUUAUUGUCACUAUGAACAUGCUGUUCCAGGUGACCUUAAAGGUUAUUGGAACAACCAUUCAACUUCAAUACUAAGACAGUCUAAUUUUGGAGUUACUCAAAACACUAAUCCUUCUAGCAAUGUCCAGUCUAAUGUGGAUACUGCAACUUUAGUCAAAUCUGCUGUAAAUGAUAUGACAUUAGCAGAAAAAGGGGGACAGUGGCUUCUUUCAUGUUAUGCUCCUUACAAGGAAAAGUCUGCAUUUCCUGGGUUUGAAGACCACAGCUUUGAAGAAAUCCGGUGUGGAUUCUAUGAAGCUAAGAAUAAUGGAACAUUGGAUCAAUAUAAGCAACAGCUGCAGGCUCUUUAUCAUGAUGUUUUAAGGAAGGUGCAAGCCAUCCAAAACCCAUCUCAAGAAGUUAUAAGAAUUUUGCAAGGGAUUUACAAUUCUUCUGCAAGUCCCCUUGGUGGAAGUAUUUUUCCUUUACAAAGUCCAUCAUCAAAUAUUCUUAGUUCUUUUAAGUCUCAACCUUCAGUAAGUCCUGUUUCGGGGAGUAUUUUCCAAGAUUUAUCUAGAAAGGAUAAUCAAAGUAUAUUCGGAGGAGUCAAAGAAGACAAUUAUCAGAAUAACAUAUUUUCAACUCCCCACCAAAAUGUUUUUUCAACAAAUGCUAAGAACUCAUCCUACCAUAGAGAGCCAAAUCCUACUCUAAACAUAUUUGCAAAUGUAGUUCCAACAACUUCUAGUUCGGUAUUUGGAGAUCAAUCUGCAGCAUCUUCAGGGAUUACUGCAGUUCAACAAAAUCCUAGUUCCGUUUUUAACAGCCCUACUUCGUCAAGUAUAUUUGGUACUCAAAUGCAAACCAAUCAAUCUGCUUUACCUGUCUUUACAGGGCAGAGUGUUUUUGUUUCCCCAAUCCCUGAACAAGGGCAGCAAUUUGUUUCCACAAACAAGAAUAUUUUUAUGCAACAACACCCGCAGCAAUCUAUAUUUGGAAGUUUGCCAAUUGGAGUGUCUAGUAGUAAACCAUUACAGAGUGCACCUGAAAAACCUGUAACUUCUCAGAGAACCCGUAGUGCUCAGCAAAUUGUUAUAGAUGAAAGUCUCUACUCAAGGGAGGAGGAAUUGACGGAUGAGGAAAAGAAGUGGUUUUUGAGCAAUGAUAUGGAUAUUUUGAAGAUUCCUGAAAAGCCACCAGCUUACAGCAUGUGCUUUAGGCCUUAGCUCAUAAAUAUAGAAAAUUAUUUCAUUAUUUUUUAAAUGAUUAAAUGUUGCUUGUGCCUUAAAAUAUAUUUUACAAAAAUUUUUCUAUAAUCUAUUUAUAAAAGAAAGUUAAAUAAUUAUUAAAGGUUUCUGAAUUAAGAAGAGACAGAAUUAUGGAAAAUAUGUAAUUUAAAAUAAAAAGUUAAUACCACUUGUAGUUAAACUCAAUAGAUUUUUAGGUGAGGUAGUACAUGACAAGCUGUAAGUGUUUCUUUGAAACAAAUCCUGUUAUAUAUAAAAUGAGACUGAAUAUAGAAUAUAAUUUAUUACAACUUUAUUAAUUUA